ACCACCAAUGUUUAAAAUCUUACAGCUUAUAUAACAUUAACCAAGCCAAAUUGCUUGACAAUUCACACGCCCACGGACCUUCACAGAAGAACGUAGGAGAAGUUGUAGGCACACACCUUGCUUUCAAGGCGCUAGGCUCCACCAGGCUCUUCCUAAGGGCUCACGGUGCCUGGGUUCGGGCUCGGAUCAAGAGCAAGUAGGCGAAGCUUUGCGGAGCUUGAAGAGCGGUCGGCAUUCGCUCGCAGCGCUCAGACGGAAUCAAGGACCGCAGGUACACGACGACAGCACACGUCAGGUCCUGUCGUGCCCAGCCGUGCGCGCCUCCUCCCACCGUCGGCACCGCCCAGCUCUCCUUGCUUCAAAGCCGCACGGGCUACAGAGUCCAGCCUUUUUUAGUGUGUGUUUGCCAGCGCCUUCGGCGCACACACCGCUGGUCACGCUGGCGGAGGUCUCGGCCUUCCCCUCUUCUUGGCUGUUAGUGGGCAGGACGCAGAGCGCUGCGCAGCGCUCUCGGGAUGGCGAAGGGCUCAUCAGCCCAACAACAACAAAAGCACUCCAAUUAAAUUUACGCCGAAGUAAACGGACACUACAACAUGGCGGCUCUGACCAUCUCCGGUGGUGCGGGCGGCUUCAACCCGCUGUCUCGCGCUUGGAACGCCUAUGAGCGCUCCCUGCGCCGGCACCCAGUGCUGACGCAGGCGGCCUCGUCUGCGCUGCUGUGGGGCCUUGGAGAUGCCAUGGCUCAACGCAUCGAGGCACGCUGCAGCGGCGUCGCCCAGCCAGACGGCCGCCGCACCGCGCUGACGGCGGCUUUUGGCGGUGGCAUCAUCGGCCCGUCCGGCCACGCCUGGUACCAGGCCCUCGACUCGCUGGUGCUGCGCUGUGGCCUGGUCGGCUCCAGCCGCCGCGCCAUGCUGCUCAAGGUAGUGCUGGACAACCUGGUGUACAGCCCCGCCUACGUGCUGGCAUUCUUCGCCUUCGGCUGCCUGGCCAUCGACCGGCUGAGCCCGGCUGAGUUCAAGGAGCAGCUGCGCAGCCAGUUCGUGCCCACCAUGCUGGCGGAGGCGCUGGUGUGGCCGCCGUACAUGGCGCUGGUGUUCAGCCGCGUGCCUGUGCCGCACCAGCUGUUGGCCGUCAACGUGGCCACCCUGUUUGACGUCUGCUUCCUGUCCUGGGUGCGCUGCACGCACGACCACGCCACGGCCGACGCCGGCAGCAGUGAGCUCCUGCACAGCGACGUCGCCACGGCCAGUGAGUAUGCGCACGCCGCGCCGCUGCAGCUGGAGCCGGCGCAACCGGUCACCGCGGUGGCGGCAGCGCUGCCCGAGGGUGAUGUGGUCAGCAGCGGUGCCGGGCGUGGCGGUGCUGGCAACAUGCUGCUGCGGUUUCUGGGCCAGCGUGGAGAUAAGCAGCAGCAGCCGGCCCGUAGCGCUGGCGAGGCGAGGCGUCGCGAGUUGGAGGAGUGCAUGUGGGACGUCAGCCCGGAACUGACGCUGGGACACAAAGCGUUGAUGAUGGCGUCAACCUCGACGUCAUCGUAUGCAGGCGCCCGCGCCGGCUCCGGAGCCGGAGCCUGGCCUGCGCGUUGAACGAAGGCAGUUGGCGGGCCGCAGCGCUGUGCAGCGUACUGGAGUCGGCUACAGUUUUCUUUUGACAAGUGAGAGUUGAUGAAGAGUCGACAGCCAUCAGCGGAGGCGAGGGCUGUGGAAGAGUGGUCUUCAUGUGUGGCGUGAUAGGAGCGGUGAGAGCUGAAUGCCCUAUUGAUUGACCCCCGUCAUGUUGUCUGCGAAGUUGUCAUUUCGAUGGCGAGGUUCCGUUUCUUGUAUUGGUAUUGAGUGUUUCGUAAUAGAGAUGAGCGCUAGUUGUCAAAAGUAUUGGCAUAGCGUUGUUUGCGCGGAGGGUCGCUCCGCACCCUUUUGUGGCCAUGUGUGGUUUGCAGCCGCACACAGCUUUUGGCCAAUUCCUAAGCAGCUCAGCUGCUCGCGCGAUGCGCUUUUUCCUCUGUCUGUACUCCCCGUUUUACGGUAUCGUAUGUUUCCGCGUUGUUACGGCGCGUGGGAAUGGCUCGCGUCGCGAAAGCCACGUGAGGCGUUGCUGCCACACCUCGUGCCUGCUACGUGCCCGUAGCCGGUAGCAGGGGAGUUUAUGUUUGCAUGAUUGUAGGAUCUGAGGACUAGGAUCUGAGUAUAGGGCAUAGAAAGGUCUAAUGUCAGGCCCGUUUACCCAGGGGCGCGCAGGCAGCGGUUCAGCUAAAUUGUGCGAGUGCAAGUUCCUGCGGCGCCGUCGGGUGUGGCGCGGUGUGUGGUGUGGAGCUGAGCAUAUGGAUGUCGCAAAUGAGAAAGUGUGCGGGAUGGCAGUGCGACAAGCUUGUGUGUACGCUGCUAGUUGUUUAGCAGUAGCUUGUGCAUGCGGGUCGUUGCUGAGGUGCUAUUCCGCGGCGUACCCAGCGCAGGAGGGACCAAAGCGGGACGUGAGCAGCAGUAGCAGCCCAACAAUAGGUAAUACAUUGGGUUGGCGUGAUCUAGGUAUGACGCGUGGUUGCUCAAGUCAAAGGUGAUGACGGUGCGCGUGUCAGCCCAUGCCGGUCGCGUCGGAUAGCUUGCGACAGCACGGUCAUGCGCGUAGCUUCCUGGGUAGAGUUAUUUCGGGGAUUACGGCAUCUAUUAUAUCCGGACCAAGAGCAUAUGAAUCAUGGCGGGCCCCUGCUAUAUGGGCGCCGGAGAGAGCUGAGAUUAUGGCGAACAGAUUGGCCGGUUGAAGAUUUGUCGGUGUCGGGCUGGUCAUGGGGCUAUUGUAAACGCCCCUAUGCUGGGGGGCGAGCGUUCCUUCGUAAUGUAACUCAUUCACCUCCAGAAGCGCGGCGCGUGCUGUAAAUGCUUCUCUAG